AAGUGCAAUUCAGCAUAACUGAGCACAGCUCUCCCACCCACUAUCCACCAUCUACCCCUCCUCCAAUCAAAAGGAAAAGCUCCUGUUCUGUGUUGGAAGGUAGUUAAACAUGCGAUUUGAGCAGUUGUUGGAGAUGUGAUGCAGACGUUUGAAAAAUUGCUGAGUCUGCAGUCCCUUGGAGAAAAACACUUGUGUAUGGAAGUGUCCAGGAAGGAAUUUCAUUCCUAACUCUUUCUCUUCCUGAAAGUUUGAUCCAGUCACAAGGCCAACUUAAUGGGAGGCCCUUGCACAGAAUAACAAAGAGCAAUCCGAUAUUAAAAGUGCAGAUUCAUUACGGGUUCUGUGAUUAUGAAAUUCAUGAUUAUUGCUGUGAUUAAGACAUUGGCAGAAACUCAUUUGGAAGCAAUUUAAACUGGGGUGCCGGUUGUGAAAAUAAAGAGCUGGGUAUCAGUGCCUCCAACAUGCCAGCAGUCCAAUACAACCUGGGAUUUGAGGUUGAAGAUGGUUUCAGUGAUGACAUGGAAACCAAAGUGCAAAUAGAUGAUGGGAAAAUGGAAUGUGUUGGACCAGACACCUGGUACAAUCAGAUCAAGAAAAUAAUUGCACCUUAUGUAAUGUCCUUCUGGUUUAGGAUUUUUGGUAUCGUACUUAUAAUUGUUGAUGUUGUUCUUGUAAUUGUGGAUUUGUCAACUGCAAAUAAAAGUAAGCCUUUUAGACAUGGAAUUGUAGGUGUGUCGUUGGCUAUAUCGUUCUUCUUCGUUAUCGAUGUUCUCCUGCGAAUCUUUGUGGAAGGGUUCCGUGUGUAUUUUCAUUCCAAGCUUAAUAUCUUGGAUGCUGUUAUUGUGGUGGUGACUCAGGUUAUUACAAUGGUGUAUGCCUUUUCUGAUUUGAGUGGAGCAACUCUCAUUCCCAGGGUGGUGACCGUCUUUCGAGUUCUUCGAGUUGUCAUCUUGGUUAGAAUUUUUCGGCUUGCCUCACAGAAAAAGCAUCUUGAAAAGGCCACAAGAAGAAUGGUGUCUGAAAAUAAAAGGCGCUAUCAAAAGGAUGGAUUUGACUUGGACCUUACUUACAUUACUGAUCGAGUUAUUGCCAUGUCAUUUCCUUCCUCUGGGAAGCAGUCAUUAUACAGAAAUCCAAUUGAGGAAGUUGCAAGAUUUUUUGAUACCAAGCACAAAGAUCACUACAAAGUCUAUAACCUCUGCAGUGAAAAAGGCUACAACCCACGAUUCUUCCAUUACAGAGUAGAGAGAGUUUUCAUUGAUGACCACAAUGUACCCGCUCUGGAGGACAUGCUGAAAUUUACAGCUAAUGUUCGGGAUUGGAUGGCAGCUGAUGAGAAAAAUGUUAUAGCAAUUCAUUGCAAAGGUGGUAAAGGCAGGACAGGAACAAUGGUCUGUACGUGGUUGAUUGACAGUGAUCAAUUUGAGAAUGCAAAGGAAAGUUUGGAUUACUUUGGUGAGAGAAGAACUGAUACAAGUGUCAGCUCAAAAUUCCAGGGUGUGGAAACUCCAUCCCAGAGCAGAUAUGUUGGCUAUUAUGAAGUAAUGAAAAAUGAGUACAAACGACAGCCCCCACCUCCAAAGAAACUAAAAAUGAAAAGCAUCAGAAUUUAUUCAAUUCAUGGUGUUGGUAGGAACAAUGGCAGUGACUUGAAGGUUGAAAUUAUUGUGAAGAAGGUGCUUGUAUUUCAGUGUGUUUGUGCAACACAAGAAAAUUGUAAGCUGUUCUUUGAUGCUGGAAGUAACUCUGCAAUAAUUAGCUUGGAGAAUGGGCCUGAAGUGAGUGGUGAUGUUAAAGUCAGAUUUGAAUCUAAUGGGGGCCUACCCAAAGGUUAUGAUGAUUGUCCAUUCUACUUUUGGUUCAACACAUCUUUCAUUGUAAAUAAUAGACUCUGCUUGUCCAGGGAUGAACUUGACAACCCCCACAAGCCAAAAACCUGGAAAAUCUACAGUGAAAAAUUUGCAGUUGAGAAGGGUAAAACGAUCCAGUUCCUGCUCUUUCCCUACAUAAGUAGAUGCUACAUUUGGGAAGUAGGACAAGUGUAAUAGGAUUCCAGAGCAGAGUGGAAAUGGAGGUGGUGGUUCUAUCUGAGGCACAUGUGAAGAAUAUUGCCUCUGCAGUCCUGGAAUAAAAGCAUGGGAGUUUCCAGGUUUAACUCUGAAACACCCCUAAUGUGAAAAAGGAAAUCUGUUUGUACUGAGGAUGGUGUCCUUGCUUCCCAUUUGCUUCAGGUACUUAGCUAGAUCAGGGUGGUGUCUGUGAACUCUCACCAAACACAGAGGCACGUUCACAACUUCCAAAACUGGAACCUGAUCCAAGAAUAUUCAUUGAGGAGAACGUGGACAUCUUCCCAUUAUCUCUGAUACACCAAUUUGAUCCAACUAUUUUUUUUGGUGAUGUAUUGGGGAAAGUACUGGCCUAUUGCUGCAUUACAAACUCCAAUUCCAAAGCUAUCAGGUCCAGUAAUCUUCGGGGAACAUGCCUGUGAAUACUUAAUGCCUCAGACAUUUUCAUUAUUGCAAAAGAAUAAUGCUCUACUUCCAAAUUUAUGAACCAUUAUACAAAGUGAUAUUUAUUAUUGUAAAAUUGAACACUUGUUUCAGAAUAAUGACUAAAAUGCAAAGUAAGACACUUUGGAAGUUCUGUUGCGACAAACAAGAAUAGUUAUGUACAGCAAAUAACUGGUUGCACUAAGCUUCAGGUUUUUGGUUCUGUUAUGUUUAAUAAACAUCACUUUCCAUUUG